CGAACAAACGUCGAAACGGAAACGCUCCCUCGGGGUUAAACGGAGUUGGGACUGUUUUAAAAACAUGGAUCUCAUCAUGAGCAUCAUCGAGCCGGUGAAGGCGGUGGCGGAGGUGGUGUACGGCCUGUUCAAGGCCGACAAGGACAACCAGGCCCAAUGCCAGCGGCUAGCCGGCUGCGUUCACGCCUUGCUGCAGACGCUCGACAGCCUGAAACGACAAUAUGACUUCAACAGGCCUAGUAAGGAGCUGCAGGAGCGGCUGGAGGCGAUCAAGGAGAGUUUGGACAUCGCCGAGGCCAUCAUGCGCAAGCAGGAGGCCAGGGGGAAGUUCAAGAGAGUGCUGAAGGCCCACAAGAUUCAGGACCAGCUGGACGAGCUCUACGUGACGCUUGAUGACGACCACAAGCAGCUCACCUUACUCCUACAGGUGGAGCAGAGAGGAGCGACUGGCGACGCCCUCAGGCACCUGGAUGAAGUGCAGCAGGGCAUGAACAACACCAACGCCAAGGCCAGUGCCAUCCAGGACACAGUGGACAACACCAUGAGAACAAUCGGGGGCAUGGACACCAAGCUGGACAGCUCUCAGCAGAAGAUGGACUCCUUGCACGGGAAAAUGGAUCGGAGUCAGAAGUCUAUAGACGAUCUAAAUGAAAAGAUGGACAAGCUCUUUGCCGGUCAGCCUGCUGUAGUUCCAACCCCUGGUCCCAACCCGACUCCUGCUCCAGUCGUACCCGCCCCCCAAACUCCAGUUGUUCCCGCCCCCCAAGGUCCAGUGGCCCCCCCUGCAGCCUCCAACCUCCCCAAGGAAGCAGACAAGCUUCUGUUUGCGAUACGUGGACGCUUCGUGGAGAAGGUGACACUGCCCGUCAUCAAGGGCCUUCUCGACACCCUGCGUGACGCGCGGGUUCUAAACGAGGAGGAGGCGGAGUCUGUCCUGGAGGAGCAGAGUGCCCGAGCCGACCGCGCCCGCUGCCUCGUGGAUACGGUGCGCAAGAAGGGACAAAAAGCCAGCCAGAAGAUGGUGGACGCACUCCGCGAUCAAGACCCUAGCCUGGCGGAGACGCUCGGACUAUAGGGGGGGCCAGGG